AUGCUAGAUAUUAACGACAGUUCUAAAUCUCAAAAGCCUAGUGGUUCAGUAACAAGUGGAGGCACUGGCACUAUCGUUACUGACACUCAGCCCCGGCCUCAAACAAAUCCCACAAUGAAGCCCGGCUCCAACCCAACAACAGGUUGGGCAUCGAUGGGGUCAACAACUGCAUUUCGAGCAAUUAAUUUUGAAUUGUUUAUGAAGCCGAACAAGUAUGUCAUGGCUUUCGGUGUGCUGGCUUUCACAAGCUGUGUGUCCUACAUUGUUUACAUGAAUGUGACAGAUGAUAAAAGGAAAGACAGCUAUGUGACAUUGGAUGAAGACGGAGGACUGACAGUCAGAAAGAGAACGUCACGAUGGUACUAA